AUGGCGCCCAAGAAGAAGCUCCCGAGCCGGCCGGCGGAGGGCGCCGAGGAGCGGCUGUCGGAGCGCGCGCAGUACCUGCUGCGCGAGUACCAGCUGCUCACGCAGCAGCUGGACGCCUACGAGAAGCGCGUGGACCAGGUGCUGCAGGAGAACAUCCUCCUGGACAGCGAGGCGCUGCGCCUGCGCGACGAGAACCGCUUCUACGCCAGCUACGUGAGCACGCACGCGCAGCGCUGCGCCAACGCCACGGUGCGCCUGGAGGACCAGAACCGCGUGGACCUGGCGGAGAUCCACAGCCAGCGCGCCGACCUGGAGGCGCUCUACCACGGGCGCGAGGACGGCGUGCGCGCGCAGCUGCAGGAGAUGGAGGCGCGCGCGGCGCACAUGGCGAGUCAGGAGCUGCAGCUGGAACAGCUGGCGCGGAUCCGAACGCUGGAGCGCGAGCUGCUGCACAUGCGCGUGGAGCACACGCAGCUGCUCCACCGCGCGAAGCGGCGCUUCCUGGAGGACAAGGCGGCCUUCGAGCGGGAGGCGCGCCAGCGGGUGCAGUCCAUGGGGCGGCGCGCGGAGCGGGAGGCGGCGCGCGCGCUCAUCGCGCACACGCAGUCCAUCAAGGCGGACAACGGGCGGCUGCGGGAGGAGCUGCUGCGGCUGCUGCGCCGGGCCCACCUGCUGCACGACAUGCGGCGCCAGCUGCUGCUGCAGCGCGAGCAGCUGUGGAGCGAGCACCAGGACACAUGGGACCUGGGGCGCGUGCACGGCUGGCUGCGCCGGGGGCCGGGGGGCCCGGAGCUGUGCCAACCGCUGUCUUCCCCGCGCAUGGGGUCCUUGGCCUCCGGCACCGAGUCCUCCGUCUCCCCCACGGGCUCCUCGUUGGAUGUCUCUCGGAACCCGUCCCAGGUCUCUUCCAUCGCAGUCUCCAGGACCCCGUCCAUGUUCUCGCCGCGUGUGGGCUCCACGGUCCCGUCGCUGCCCUUGCAGAAGGCGGGGCCACAGUUACAUUCCCAGGAGCCGUCCAAAAGGGACUCUCAAGGGCCAUCCUUGGCCUCCCGAGCGCCAUCCUUGGCCUCCGAACCGCCAUCCUCGGCCUCCCAAGCGCCAUCCUCGGCCUCCCAAGCGCCAUCCUUGGCCCCGUCCCGUCCGGACUCCCAGGCUCCGUCCGGCUUGGGCUUGCGGGUCUCAUCCUUGGCCCAGUCCCGCCUUGGCUCCAGGAUCCCUUCGCGGUCCUCAUUCCGCGCGGCCUCACAGAGCUCUGCUCCCUCUGCCCACUCCGUCCCGGGGAAGAGCCAGCAGAAGAAGAGGGUGGACACUGAGUCCGCAGACUGA